AUUCGAUCGUCUACAACCAAGAAACGCUUAUUCUAUAUGAGCAGGAGGUAAAGAGCACAAAACGAGUCAUACUUCACGAUGAAAAUUUUCUAUAACUGCCUGAAGGUAGUACACAUUCACAUAUACUUUAUAUCAAAGAAUCCAUUGUUUCUUCUCCUUUUAUUUUCAUGUUCAGACUCUAUCUUUCUUUUUUUCGCAAGAUCGAUCGCUAAGCACUGACAAAAAACCGUCAGCUUGCCUCUUUAUUAUUAUUAUUCUUUCUCAUUGUUGAUUUCAUAUCCACGUAAUUCUCAUAGUUGGUUCGCGAAUAACUUUUAUGCAAAGUAAAUGCAUGACAUUGGAUACAUGACAGCUUUUUUUUGUUGUCGUCUCUCUAACAAUUGUAUGAUGUAUUAAAUCUCGGCUUGAAAAAAAAAAUAGCAGUUGCAGUAUUUGUGGCGUUUAUGAUAAGAAGCCCAAUCAUGUUUAUAAAGAAGUAUAUAUAUGAGGUAGCCUCAAAAUGGAAAUGUGACAUUAAACGGACUUCUCGGACUAGAAUGCACUAUGUUAAAGCAAGUAUACUGUUUCGUGUCUGCUAUUUUCUGAGUGCAUGUAGUAUUUUUCUGCUGAUCAUUAAUGCUCACCAAUGAGUUUCGUUUUUUACACUGUACUACCAUUUAUUAAAUCGGGUUGCUAAAUAGAAUUCACUCCCCCCCCAACUCCUCCCCGUGGUCCCCC